CGGGAGCAGGUUAAACGGCGAGAUAGCGACACGGCGUUGUGGAUGGGCGCAACACACUUGGUAGCGUCGCGAAUCGACGAAACUCUCGCAGUUUGCGAAGGGCUUUCAUUGAAUUGGAUCCAGCAUUGCAUCAGUUGCUGGUGAUUGGUGCAAUUACCAGUCAGCCGAGUGCAACCGAGUGAACAUCAGUGAACAUGGAGCCGUUCGCACAUCUCGUUAAAAAGUCUGUUCCAAAUUAUUUGGCCGCUUUACCUAUUCCUGAUUCAAUAGGAGGAUGGUUUCGUCUGGGAGUAAGAGACUGGCUCGCACUCUUGCCGCCUACCGCUCUUCUCGUGGGAUUCGGAUAUAUGUCCUACAGGGCAUUUUGCCCUCAUGGUAGACCCGUGCCAUGUGGUCGUGUUAAUCUAAAAGUAAGGAAGGAUGUUGCUAAAGUAGUAGAUACUGUUGACAUAGAAGAUAUCUCUGAAAAGGCUGUGUUUUGUCGUUGUUGGAGGUCUGAAAAUUGGCCGUACUGUGAUGGCACUCACGGGCGUCACAAUAAUGAGCACGGCGACAACGUGGGUCCGCUCGUCAUCACAAAUAAAAAAGCCUAAAGAUUGUCAUCACAUCUGUUGUUCACCUUUGUAAGAUAUUUAUGCGCCACAGUGUAGCUAGAUAUAUGAUGAGGGAUUCAAUAUAUAUGUAUAUAUAUAUUUAUACCCUUUUCUGUAGAUACAUUUUGUAAAAUAUCGUCUUUGCCAAUUUGUUUUUUAAGAUGUCUGGGAAUUUUAAGGGAAGGAUUAUAAAUAAAUUUAUUUCCUAUAUA